AUGACCAGGCUGGCGUGGCUCGGGACGCUGGACGAAGCUCAAACGGCACCGGUUUCGCUCUCCAAGGCGGACACGGACACGUCGUGGGGCGACCCGGCGGGGCUGCACCUGCGCAAGGUGAACGACGAGAACCUCGUCAUCUUCCGGCGCGCCGUCGGCAUCAACAGCAUGCUGGCCGGCAACAGCGACAGCCACUCGCUCGAGGAGGGCCGCCGCGAGGCCAUGGGCAUGUACGCGUCGGUUCUGCGCGCCCAGACCCGCAAGAACGUCGCCUACCUGCUGCUCACGUUCCUCAUCUACGCCAGCCACUUUUCGCAGAUCAUCAUCGGCGCUUCGCUGACGGCGCUCGGUCCGACAGCGGGCGAGCACUCGGUGGUGAUCACCGUCCUAGGCGCCGUCAACACGGUAGUGGCGGGCGUGCUGGCGCUGGUCAAGGGCCAGGGCCUGCCGGAGCGGCUGCGCAAGGACCAGGCCGAGUUCCGGCGACUGCAGGACUGGAUCGAGCAGACCGAGGCGCUGCUGGCCGUCGGCGUCAUCGGCCGCGACCGCAAGGAGGUCGGCGUCCUCGUCCAGGUCGCCUUCAAGAAGUACAACGCCGCCAAGGCGUCCGUCGACAACAACGUGCCAGAGAACUACGUCCAGGCCGCCGAGAGCCCCGACAUCACCCCCAGGAGGUCGCCGAGCCCGAGCCCGAGCCCGAGCUCGUCGAGAGACGCUGGCCCAUCGACGUCGUAA